AUGCCUUCUUUCGCCUCCCUCCUUUCCACCGCCGCCCUCGUGGCCCUCGCCCAGGCCCACGGCGUCCUUCUCAAUGCCCAAGGUGAUGCCGGCUCGCCUGCCUCGAUCGGCUUCCAGGUCAGCUUGGACAUUGCCCGGAACUGCACUUCCAUCAACCCCUGCCAGCAGGACACCACCAUCAUCCGCGACCAGGAGAUCAAGAACAACGUUGUCAACGAGUGCGGCCGCACCGAGCUGACCGGCAACAUCGACAUUGGCGAGAACACCGAGAACGCCCUUGCCGCCAAGCAGGUCACCCAGGUCAAGGCCGGCUCCAAGGUCCAGGUCACCAUCCACCAGGUCAACGCCGAUGGCGCCGGUCCCUAUGCCUGCGACCUCAUCGAGGCUGGCAACAACGGUGUCAUCAGCCAGAACCUGACCGUCCUCGACAACGUCCCUGGCGUCAACGGCUUCUCCCAGGCCCGCACCCAGGAUUUCAACAUCACCGUCGUGAUGCCUGACAAGUUCAACUGCGUUGGCUCCUCUGCCGGCAACGUCUGCACUGUCCGCUGCCGCAACAACGCUCAGGCCGGUCCCUUUGGUGGCUGCUUCCCCGUCCAGCAGACCGACAACACCCCGUCUGCCAACACUGCUGCCACCGUCGACACUGCCAUUGGUGUUGAGGCCGUUGCUAAGCAGGUUGCUGACGACCAGGCUGACUUCGAGGCUGCCGUCGCUGCCAACGUUGUUGCUGGUAGCAAGGAGGGCCUUGCCAACCUCAAGAAGGUCGAGGACAUCCUCAACGCCAAGACCUCCACCCUCGUCAGCCUGGCUGCUCCCGUCCAGACCCUGAGCGUCCAGCUCGGCGGCAACGCCGCCACUGUUAUUGCUAGCGCUACUUCUGCCGCUGCUGCCCAGCCUACUCGUGCCGCUGGUGGCAACGGCCAGGGCAACGGCCAAGGACGUGGCCAGGGUCGCGGUGGCCAGAACAACGGCCAGGGCAACGGCCGCAACAACGCCCGUGGCUUCAGCCAGCGCCGCCGUGUCGCCGACGCCGAGCUCCGUGGCGCGUACUAA